AGCGGGCCGGAAGUAGUUUCCCAGGGCGCCGCCAUGAUGGAUUGAGCCUGAACGUCGCGGGCUGAUUGUCGCUCUGAGACCGGAAGAGCGAGUCAGUGAGGGCUGGCUAGGCCCCGCCUUGACAACCGGUACCGGAAAAGGCGGGUCUCUCCUUGUUCGAUCCACAGCGGUACGGAGAUGCAGGCGGCCCUGGAAAUCACUGCUCGCUACUGUGGCCGGGAGCUGGAUCAGUAUGGCCAGUGUGUGGCAGCAAAACCCGAGUCAUGGCAGCGGGACUGUCACUACCUUAAGAUGAGCAUUGCCCGGUGCACGUCCGCCCACCCAAUCAUCCGCCAGAUCCGCCAGGCCUGUGCUGAGCCUUUUGAGGCGUUUGAGGAGUGUCUUCGGCAGAAUGAGGCAGCAGUGGGAAACUGUGCUGAACACGUGCGCCGUUUCCUGCAGUGUGCUGAGCAGGUGCAGCCGCCACACUCACCCACACCUGUAGAGACUCAGCCACUUCCUGCCUCCUGAGGACUCCGUUGACUUCAGGAAGACUGGACACGAGUGACUGGCCUCUUGAUCCCCCUACCCUCUGCAGAGCCCUGAGGGCCCGCACCGUGGGCCUGGCUUCCCUGGACUUUAGGACUCCCAAUAAAUAAAGACUGUGCACUGGG